UGAUUGCAAGUGUGUACGUGUGUGCGCGCGUGCUGAAGGCGCCACGUCGGCAGAAGCAGCAACAACGCAGAGGAGAGAGGACCCGCGCGGCUCCGCAGAAAGUGCGGAGAAGAAGUGAAAACCUGCGGGUUCGACGCGUGAGAAAAACCCGCAGCGAGGAAACAAACCGCAGCCGCUGCUGCGUUCACUGACACGCAGAAAGUCUGUAAAAACAACAACUACAGCCUGCUGCUGGACGCUCGCGCUCCUCUCAGGUGUGCUGGAGCCGACAAACAUCAUGGUGAAGGAUGUAAACAGCGUGAACGUGGAGCCCCAGCCUGGGACCACCAUGGCCCCGGUCGAAGCAGAACCAGCCGACGGCCAGCCUCCAGAUGACUCUGGUAAAGACCACGAGCCGACGCCGCCCGGCGUGGUGUGGCGCGUGACCGGCGGCCUCUUCAACGUCACCAAGGGCGUGGUCGGCGCCGCAGUGGGCGGAGUCGCCUGGGUCGGGGGCAAGAGCCUGGAGAUCACCAAGUCGGCCGUGACCACGGUGCCCUCCAUGGGGGUGGGGCUGGUGAAGGGCGGAGUCUCGGCCGUGGCCGGGGGCGUGUCCAGCGUGGGCUCGACGGUGGCCAACAAGGUUCCCUUUACAGUCAAGAGGAAUGACAAAUCAGAGUGAUGAAAAGGAGGAGGGAUUCCCGCCGCUCUGAGCCAAUCAGACGCCACAGUGCCUUUCUCCCACAUCUGAUACAGGAACUCUGCAGCUCGUAGAUCUUUAACAGCRMCACCUCACCUUKCCUGGAGCGAACCAGGCUCCRGGGGCGAAACACGAGGAUUUCACGAGGAGCCGACCCGAGGCUGCUCUUCCUCUUCUGCUCUUCACUCUGCAGACGUCUGCUGGACCUUUCUGUGUUAAAAUGCUGAUUUAUUUUUUAUUGUUUCUGUUUGUUUUGUUUGUUUUCCAGUGGUGUUGAAGUAUUAUUGUGUCUGAUGGUUUUUACUCCAGCUGCAGGAACACGUCUGUGUGGAAACGCUGCCAAGGACCAGAAACAUUCAGCAGCGUUACGUUUGUUGACGUCUGUCGGAGAGAAAAACACGAAACAGAAACGGGAGGAAAACCAGCUGUUCUUGUUUCAAUAUGUCAAUAAAGUCGUUGAGAAGGUGAAAUAAAUGUUGAAUCUGUCUCAGUUUCUGGGUUUAAAAGCUGAGUUUGAAGCCCAGUGAGUGUCCGAAGCAAAGCAUGCUGGGUAACGUCUUAUUAUCUCUGCUCUCAUUGGCUGAAGUUCACUCUGUAGGAAAACAAUUCAUUUCAAAGUUACUGUAUUUUGUUAAAGAACAAUCUUAUAAACAUGAUUUUAUCUUUUUAUUUACUUUAUUUUCUUCUUCCUGAUGAAAUAAAAUGUCUUUUUUUCUCCA